CUCGCGCCGGCGCUCUCGGUCUCCGCCACCGCCGGUGCCGCUGCGCUCCCGGUGAUGGGGGCGUCCAAGCCCCCCAACUUCUCCUGGGUGGUGGAGGGGCGGCUGGCAGGCCUGGCGAUGCCGCGGGAGCCGGGCCAUUACCAGUUCCUGGUGGGCCAGGGCGUGCGGCACCUGGUGUCGCUGUCGGAGCGAGCCCCCCCCCAGCACGGCUGCUGCCCCGACAUCCAGCUCCACCAGCUCCGUGUGCCCGACUUCACCCCCCCGACCCCCACGCAGAUCCAGAACUUCUUGCGGCUGGUGGAGGUGGCCAACGCUCGCGGCGAGGCUGUGGCGGUGCAUUGCAUGUUGGGGCGCGGCCGGACGGGCACCAUGCUGGCGUGCUACCUGGCGAAGGCACAGAAGAUGAGUGGCGCUGACGCCAUCCGAGAGAUCCGGCGGCUGCGACCCGGCUCCAUCGAGACGCGGGAGCAGGAGGAAGCCGUGAUCCGGUUCUGCCAGCGCAGCGGCACCGGAGAGGACAGCGAGGAUUCCUGAGUCCCAGCAGCUCCCCUCCCCAGAGCAGCCUGUGCUGGAGGCAUUCAACGGACAAUGGUCACCCCAAGAUGACGAGGGGCCUUUCCCGGCCCCAAGGUGCUGCUCGCUGUCCUCUUGCACAUUAAAGGACU